AUGCUCCCCAAACGUGACGUUGAGGAAUCCGCCCAUGAGGGUUCCGGGCCGCGGGACAGCUCUACCAACCGCCGCCUUGGUCACGACGACGAUGAGGGGCGCGGCGACGGCGACGCUGAAAUCGAGCCCGUUGCCUGGUACCAUCGCAAACGGUACCCCGGCGCGCUUCUGUUUAAUAUCGCCUCGUUCAUCCUGCCUGCCUUGUACAAUCUCCUGUCCAAGUACUGGGUAGCCAACAUCGACGCCUCGCUGGUGGUGACGACCGACAUAUACACUUAUAUCGGCGUUGUCGUCGAGGUGCUCAACGAAGGCCUGCCUCGCGCCGCCUGGGUCAUCAUCGGAGACGCAUCGCUCAGGACGCUCGCCCAGCGGCUGGGCCUGACCCACACCCUGAUCCUAUUCCAGGCGUCGCUGGGCCUGAUUAUGAGCAUCGCCUUCGUCGGCGCAGCGCCGACGUUCGCCGAAGGGUUCGUCCCCGUCGAGGUGCGCGCCGUGAGCAUCACGUAUGUGCGCAUCAGCGGCUUCAGCGCCCUGACCAGCACGAUAGAGACGGCCGUUGCCAACGCCACGAGGGCGCUGGACAAGCCGGACGUGCCACUGAUCAUCAGCUCCAUCAAGUUCGCCGUCAACAUCGCGCUCGACCUCCUGCUCAUCUCACCUUUCCACGUGGGCUCCCACACCCCGACCGUCAACCUGCAGGCCGGCGUUCAGCUCGCCUGCAACAUGACGGCGGCGCUCGCAGGCCUCGCAUACUUCCUCUGGCGCACCAGCCUCCGGUUCCGCAAGCACCCCCAGCACCGCGACGUCAUCGAGGCGACACGUCCGAGCGUGCGUCACCUCCUGGUCCUCCUCCGCCCGGGCCUCGCCACGUUCCUCGAGUCGGCGGUCCGGAACGCGCUCUACCUCUGGCUCAUCACCACCAUCGUCGCCAUGGGGUCGACGUACGCGACGGCGUGGGGGGUCUUCAACACCAUCCGGUGGGGGCUCAUCAUGGUGCCCGUCAACGCGCUAGAGCAGACCUCGCUCGCCUUCACGGCCCACGCCUGGGGCCGCCUCCGCCGGUCCGUCGGCGUCGGCGACCUGCAGCCCCGCGUCGCCCCGCGCGACCUCGUGCCGGUGCUGCGGCCCGCCGCCACGUCGGUCGCCCUCGCCCUCGCCGUCGAGGUCCCCGUCUGCCUGUUCCUCACCUUCCUGGGCGUCCGCCCCUUCGCGCGCUACCUGGGCGGGUCCGACGAGGUGGCCGACGUGGCCGCCAUGAUGUGGCGCUCUCUGGACUGGUGCUACAUAUUCUACGCCGUGUCUACACAGCUCGCGACCGUGCUACUGGCCACGAGGCCGCGCUGGUACCUAUGGCAGAGCCUGGCGAGCAACCUGCUCUAUGUGCUGCCGUGGGCCAUCGUGUGCCAGACGGCGAACCUGGAUCCGAGCCGCGCGUGGACCUACCACUCUUUCGUCUUCGGAGGCAGCCUCGUUUUUAGCUUCCUGGAUAUCCUCAUUUUUGAUGCGUUCUGGGUCUGGUCCUUGGUCAAGGGGAAAAUGAAGCUUGAGCCUUUUAAAGCGUGA